UUGAGUGGGCAGCAGCGAAUUGUUGUACAGAGAUCCGUUUCAGUGUCGUCAAUGGGAAGCGCGCAGGCGGCGGCAAAGCGACUCUCCGUCUAGAACAAGUCCGCGGCUGCACCAUGCUCUCCCGGUCCAUCCCGUGUCUCUGGAUUACUGUCUGCCUGCGCUUGUGCUGCCACGUGAGCGGCGGGGACGCGCAGAAUGCCAAGGAAGUGAUUCUGCUGGACUCCAAGGCGCAGCAGACGGAACUGGAGUGGAUCUCCUAUCCUCCGAACGGGUGGGAGGAGAUCAGCGGCUUGGAUGAGAACUACACUCCCAUCCGCACCUACCAGGUGUGCCAGGUCAUGGAGCCCAACCAGAACAACUGGCUGCGGACUAACUGGAUCGAGAAGGGGGAUGCCCAGAGGAUUUUUGUGGAACUCAAGUUCACCUUGAGGGAUUGUAACAGCUUGCCCGGAGUGGUGGGCACCUGCAAGGAGACGUUCAACCUGUUUUACCAGGAGACGGAUUCUGAGGUGGGCCGGGGCUUGAGGGAGAACCAGUACGUGAAAAUCGACACAAUCGCAGCGGACGAGAGCUUCACCCAGGGCGACCUCGGGGAGAGGAAGAUGAAACUGAACACAGAGCUGCGGAUCAUUGGCCCGCUGUCCAAAAGGGGCUUCUACCUGGCCUUCCAGGACGUGGGGGCGUGCAUUGCCCUGGUCUCCGUAAAGGUCUACUACAAGAAGUGUUGGUCGAUCAUCGAAAACCUGGCCACCUUCCCGGACACAGUGACAGGAUCGGAGUUCUCCUCCCUGGUGGAGGUGGAGGGAAUGUGUGUGAACGACGCCGAGGAGGAGGCCGACAACUCUCCCAAGAUGCACUGCAGUGCCGAGGGGGAGUGGCUUGUGCCAAUUGGGAAAUGUAUAUGCAAAGCUGGAUUUCAUCAAAAAGGAGACGCGUGUGAACCUUGUGGUCGUGGUUUCUACAAGUCGUCCUCCCAGGACCUGCAGUGCUCUCGCUGCCCAGCACACAGCUUCAACGACCGGGAGGGAUCGUGGCGCUGCGACUGCGAGGACGGCUACUACCGCGCGCUCUCUGAUCCUCCGUCUGUGGCGUGUACACGACCUCCCUCAGCGCCGCAGAACUUGGUCUACAACAUCAACCAGACCUCUGUCACUUUGGAGUGGAGCCCGCCUGCUGACACUGGCGGCCGCAAUGACGUCACCUACCGGGUUGUCUGCAGGCGCUGCAGCUGGGAGCCCGAGGAAUGUGUGGCGUGUGGGCCCAAUGUGGGAUACUCACCAGCUCAGUCGGGAUUAGUGGACACGUACGUGAUGGUGACGGACCUGCUCGCACACGCCAAUUACACCUUUGAGGUGGAGGCCGUGAACGGAGUAACAGACCUGAGCCGCACGCAGAGGCUGUUUGCAGCAGUUCGCAUCGCUACAGGCCAAGCAGCUCCAUCCCAGGUCCGCGAGAUCAUCAACAAGAAGGUGCAGCAGCGCAGCAUCCAGCUCUCCUGGCAGGAACCCCAGCAGCCCAACGGUGUCAUCAAGGAAUAUGAAAUCAAAUACUACGAAAAAGACCAGAAGGACCGGAUCUACUCCACUGUGAGGUCCAAGUCCACCUCUGCCACAGUCAACAACCUGAAGCCCAGCACAGCCUACGUGUUCCAGAUCAGGGCUCUGACGGAGGCCGGGUACAGCACCUACAGUCCCCGGCUGGAGAUCACCACCCAGGAGGAGGCCACAGCUGCGACCGUCUCCAGCGAGCAGAACCCCGUCAUCAUCAUAGCGGUGGUGGCCGUGGCGGGGACCAUCAUCCUGGUCUUCAUGGUGUUCGGCUUCAUCAUCGGGAGAAGGUACGCUCUCGCGGGCCCCAUUGACUCUCCGCUCCUGCACUGCGGGUACAGCAAAGCCGAUCAGGAGGGAGACGAGGAGCUCUACUUCCAGUUUAAAUUUCCAGGCACCAAAACCUACAUUGACCCUGAAACCUACGAGGACCCCAACAGGGCUGUCCAUCAAUUUGCCAAAGAGUUGGACGCCUCCUGCAUCAAAAUCGAGCGCGUCAUUGGAGCAGGAGAGUUUGGGGAGGUGUGCAGCGGUCGACUGAAGCUGCCCGGAAAGCGGGACGUUUCGGUCGCCAUCAAGACCCUGAAAGUGGGCUACACGGAGAAGCAGAGGCGGGACUUCCUGUGCGAGGCGAGCAUCAUGGGCCAGUUUGACCAUCCCAAUGUGGUCCACCUGGAGGGAGUCGUGACGCGAGGAAAGCCGGUCAUGAUUGUCAUCGAGUACAUGGAGAACGGCUCAUUAGAUGCUUUCCUCAGAAAGCACGAUGGUCAGUUCACAGUCAUCCAGUUGGUGGGGAUGCUGCGGGGCAUUGCGGCAGGAAUGAGAUAUCUCGCAGAUAUGGGCUACGUCCAUCGAGAUCUGGCUGCGCGGAACAUCCUUGUCAACAGCAAUCUCGUAUGUAAAGUGUCGGACUUCGGGCUAUCAAGGGUGAUAGAGGACGAUCCCGAGGCUGUCUACACAACAACCGGUGGCAAAAUUCCCGUCCGGUGGACUGCUCCCGAAGCCAUCCAGUACCGGAAAUUCACCUCAGCAAGUGAUGUGUGGAGUUAUGGCAUCGUCAUGUGGGAAGUCAUGUCCUAUGGAGAGCGGCCCUACUGGGACAUGUCCAACCAGGAUGUAAUAAAGGCCAUAGAAGAAGGCUACCGUCUUCCAGCCCCCAUGGACUGCCCCCCAGGUUUGCAUCAACUAAUGCUGGACUGCUGGCAGAAAGACAGAGCAGAGCGCCCCAAAUUUGAUCAGAUAGUCGGCAUCCUCGAUAAGAUGAUCCGCAACCCCAACACCUUGAAAACCCCAGUGGGAACUUGUACGAGACCAAUUAGCCCGCUGUUAGAUCAGAGCACACCAGACUUUGCUGCUUUCCGCUCAGUGGGAGAGUGGCUGGAAGCCAUCAAGAUGGAGCGAUACAGGGACAACUUCACAGCAGCUGGCUACAGCUCCUUAGAGUCUGUGGCCAGGAUGUCAAUCGAGGAUGUGAUGAGUUUGGGAAUCACGCUGGUGGGCCAUCAGAAGAAGAUCAUGAGCAGCAUACAGACUAUGAGAGCCCAGAUGCUGCAUCUCCAUGGGACGGGCGUGCAGGUGUGACGAAACGCGACGGUCUGCCACCGUCAGGACGAGAAACCAAGACAGAACUUCUCUGGAGCAGCGCCGGAGAGGAAACCGGCAGAACAGUCAAAGUGAACGGACGCCUGUCAUGUUUGACUCCUGCUGCGUCCGGAGGGAAAUCACUUCUUUGUUCCUCAGCGAGGGAUGGAGGUCCGUCUCUUCAAAGGGCACUAAAGAGGGAAAAAGGGCAAGAAGCAGCAACAAAAACUUCCUGGAUGAGAUUUUUUUUCUUUUUUUUCCUUUGUAGAAGCGCUUAUGAACUUGACUACAUAUCAGUGGACGCCUUGAGAAGAGUUGGACGUUUGCGUUUCUUUAAUUUAACUAAUUAUUUUAGUGCACAUCACAGCUAUGGAUUUUCUUUGAAAGAACUCAUCUAUUUGUGGUGGUUUUUCUUGAAACCUUUAUGUAAUUUCUUUAUCUUCGUAGCCACAAAGUUGUUGUUUUUAAUUUAGUGUGUUGUUUUUUUCUUUGAAUGUGACAACAGGGUAACUCCAAUCUAAGCAGAGUGGGUGCAGAUUUCAAGGAGCUGUUUGUGUUGGACUGUUUGCAGCAAUGUCUUUUUUUACAGGCUCUCGCCCGUGUUUGAAACCCGCCACCCGGGGGGUUGACAUGAUUUUAAAGGUUUCAUCAACAAGGCUGCAUGUAAGUGCAGCACAGAGGAGAAGCAGGAGGCAAAUUGCUCUUCUAAUCACCAGACGUUUAUGUCGGCGUAGCAAUAUCCUUUGUUUUAGUGUUGGCUUACUUUGGUGAUUGAUUUGAAUGUGUCAGCACAGUUGAAAGAUUGUAUUUUGAAACUGCAGCUGCUGCGUUUUCUUUUGCCGUCAAUGUUGCACACAGUUUGCUUGGUUUAUACUGUUUGAGGAUCUCAGAAUGGAGUAGAUUUAAUACUGCCUUAAAAAUGUUUAGAUUUAGUAUUGACAGUAUUUUAGGUACUUCAGUGGUGAUGCUUUCUGCGGUUCAGUUGAAGUGUUUUUCUUUGAUCUUGUAGCGUGAUGUCUUCUGACACGACACUUGAUCUGGUGUCCACAGACUCAGUUUACGCCAGGAAUGACAGUUAGUAUGGAGGAGGUAGACACAUAAGAGCAAUAAUUACCAGGGAGAAACGGUCCUCAGCCGACGUUCUUUAAGGUGCUAGGUAGAACCUCGUGCACGCUGUGCUCAGAUGAAGCCUCUGGAAAGCAGCCAGAAUGCAGAGGAAGGUGGCUCUUUGACCUGGAGCAGCUUGCAGAGUGCUCACCAAACUGCCAUGCCCAGUCAUCAAACGAUAUAAUCAUGUCACAUUUCUCCACUAUGAUAUGCUAAACAUUUGAUGAAAAUCUAACAUGCCGUGGAAAUGUUGAACUGAGCGGCCGUGCAGAUGAAAGUGCUGCUCUGAAUCUCAAAAAUGUGCCAAUCAGCCACCCUGACAUCAUCUUCAACCACGUUGCGCCUCCUAGAAAUCAAAGAGCCCUUUCAGGGCCCGGUUUGAAACGGCGGGACCAAAGGACGGAGUGUGCAUCGGCACAGGCACCGGUUAAAUCCCUCCAUCCUGGCUCUGCGGGCGGCCGCACAGCUGCCUCGUUUUUUUCCACGCUGCUCAUCCCUCACAGGCGUGGAUGUGAUGGAACAUGCAUUAAAGUGUCUCUUAAGAUUUCUCCUCUUUUCCAUCCAGAUGACUUUGGAUGGAGAACAGAGAUUGGCAGAAGAUGCGCUAAAAGCCAGUCAACCUCUUUGCUGCCAUCUGUCUCCACUUCAAGAAAAAAAGGAAAACAAGCUUCCUUGUUGAAUAUGUUUUUCUGCAGUUUCCUUUGAUAAGAACAACAAUUUGUCAGCUUUCAUGUAAAGGCUCACAAAAAAGGCUUCCGUUACUUCCUUCACUGCUGCUGCAAGCUGAGAAACAAAUCUGCUCUUUGAGAGCUGCAAUUGUUUUCUGAGGGUUUUAGUUUUGUCUUUGGUGCAUGAAGUGGAACAACAUCAGUGAUCAAACCGGGCUAACACCAUAAAAGGCUGUCUUUAUUCAUUUUUAUAGAAACAUGCCCAGAAACAUUAGAUCUUUUUUUCAUCUUUGUGUUUGUUAGUAUUUGGAUUGAACCGACAUGGAGCCUGUAAUGACAGGACCUGCUGAUGUUUGUACUCACUCUGUUUUAGUAGCCGUACUACCAUUGCAGUCCAGCUUCACUAGAUUUGGCUCAGAUUUAGGUCCGACUAACAGUUUAGAAGAACAAAAGCAAAACACUAACACCAGGUUCACACUGGACGUGGAACGGAGUCCGCUUCCAUUCCGCGCCAUUGUUAACAACCUAUGCUGUGAUUCACACCAGACGCAGAGCGCUGUGGAAGACUGGCGCCGUGCAGCGGAUCGUUUCAGCGUCUGGUCGUUUUGUGCACAAGCGCUGAACGAUCCGCGUCAAUCCUCGGAGGAAGUCACAUAAAGAUACAUGAGAAAAUCCGGUUUAUUUUCAAAAUAUAACCAAUUUUUACAAUAAAACACCACGACUGACAAAUGGAAUCAUAUUUUUGUAUCCAAACGGACUGUAGAGAUGAAUAUAAAGACACAACUACAGCACACACACUUUAAAUUAAAGAAGUGUAGGUCUACUACCUGCUUACUUCUUCUAAGCAGAAACGUGGGAUAGUAAUUUUCGGUUAUUAACGUAUCUAUGAUUCCAAAAACACAAAGAAGCUCUAGCAGAAAUGCUCGUCGACUGUCAUGGAAAAAUGCACGUUUGGUGUGAAUCACACUCCACUCUGCGGUACUUCCGCGUCCGGUGUGAACCUAGCGUAAAGCUGCCCUGAAGCUUGUUAGUGAAGUUCAGUAAAAGUAAAAGAACACAGUUUCAUGAAGUGAUGCUAGAACAUCUCAGACCUCCUGAGAGCUCUUCUGUGACCUCCCCUCACCUAUAGUUUUAAAGUCUGCUCCUGGAGUCUCAAUUUCAAACUUUCAUGCCUUAAACCUUUUGCUGUCCGGUCAUUCACGUUAUUAUGUAACACAUCUUUUGUGCAUCAAAGCAGCUAUAGGUCUGAGAAGAACACCGCUUGCAGUUUCAUUUGUAGUUGGGUUCUAACUGUUUUACUAAUCCUUCAAUCUUAACAGUACGCUUCUUUUGCUGCAGCUGGAGCUAACAUAGCAUGCACAUUCCAACACUUCUCUCAUUCUUUUCUACUUAUAGCAUUGAUUUGAUGCAUAACCAAAUAACAAAAAUGAUGAGAAACUACAAAGUGCAGCAGGCAGGGAGUAUUUGCUUGAACAACUAAUGACUCAACAGUUAGUCAAAUAUUCACUAAAUUAGUUUUGCUUUAAAAACUAUCCCGAUACCUAUUUAUAUGAACUAGAGAACACCAUUUAAAGCUUCCUUUUCUUUUUUUUUAGUUUGAUGACUAUUGUUUUCCAGUGAAGUCCAGUUUGCACAACACGCUUUGAGAAAUUAACUCACUUUUCCUGUAAUGUGUUGCAGUUACUGGCAGUGAAUAGUUUCCAACUAUCUGACAGCAGGAAUUGAAAGAAAAGCAAAACAGAACAACAAUUCGUGAGCUCUUUCACAGAAACAAAUUCAUCAUAAUCACAGUGAGGAGGAAAUUUUGGAUUGCAGGUUUUUUUGGCAACUAAUACAAUCCACAAUGAGUGUUUUAUGUUUACUUAAUAUGGAUCCAUUUACAGCCAAUCUUUGCGAAGAGACACCAGGAAUUAGCCCCGACCGGUCCUCCAUGUCACACACACCCUCCUGUUAUUGAUACAGCAGAGCUCAGCAGUUGGACCGGCGCCAAACCUUUGAAUUGAAUACAGGCAUAAAGCCAUUGGGUCAGCAGAAAACUGCAGUUCACAGGCAGCACCUCGUCUCACCAACAGCCCUUUCGUCCAAACUCUAUUUUCAAAGCGGGCCCCGAGAUGAGGCCCUUUGUUCCCCAGAGUGGAAAAAACGCUGGUGUCUUUUUUUUAAGUUUUAUGUCCAUUGUUCCUGUGCUGGGUAGGCAGCAGUUCAAGCCAAAACUGAGAUUAACGCCAGGGUACAAUCGAUUCCGCGCACGAAUCAUCUGCAUCUUUGACAAACUUGCACCUCUUUACUGGCUGUUUCUCCUCGUUCCUCAGUCGGAGUGUCCGGUCACUCGGCUCUGCGGUGGGAAAGUGCAGCUCUUCUAAAAACUGGAAGCAGACACGGUAGAAGGGAUGGUAGGGUCCAGGAGUGGCCGGCUGAACAUGGCGUGUUUGUACUCUGAGGGUGAAUCCAGAGGCAGCAGCACUGUCCGUGUGUCAGAGAGCCCCGAUGUGACAGGAUCUUCGUGGAUGUUGAAACUGUAUAACUUGUACAUUUUAUUUAUAUUGUUUUUUACACAUAUUACUCAGUAGAGAGCUCUGAAUACAUUGAAAAUGCACUAUAUUUUUCUAUCUCACAGAAUGAUUAUUGUCACCCACAAGAUUUCUGUUGUACAUAAUUUUUCAUUUAGGACCAAAGACAGUUGAUAAGAUUUCCAUCUUGACUUUGAUUUUUUUUUUUUUUUACCUCUAGGUUGUUGUACAGUGAUACAAAAUGUUGAUUUAUUAUUUAUUUUCUGUGAUGAAAGUUUUGAGAAUAUUCACUGUUCAGAAGUAUUUUCCCCAACAGCUGAACUUUCAGAUCUUUUAAUUAGACUUUUUUUCUUGUUCCAUAGAUGCUUCUUUUUGCUUUUUAACCUUUGUAAUAGACUGUACAUAUAUUUUUGGAAAUAUAAUACAAUCUCUAUAGAUUU